UAUUUUGAGGUCAAAGUUUCAGAUUCUGACAGAUAAGAUGAAAAAUAACAAGAAAACGUCCAAAAUGGUGGAUUUUUUUUCAAAUUAAAACAAUUGGAGUAAAAUGGAACAGAAAUACUAUCUGGUGAUCUUUGACCUUAUUGUUUGCUUGCUUUGUCAAGUCCGAUGUUUAGCACCGCCAGUGGGCUUGCGUGCAUACGCCAUAUCCCCAAAUGUAUUCCGUGUGAAAUGGAUAGACAAAUACAGAAAUUCGAAACGGAGCACACAAUUUACCCUUAGGUAUCGAAACAUUCCUGGAGAAGAUCAAUAUAAAUAUUUAAAUACGACGAAAGUUGAGGUCAAAAGGUUGAAUGUGAUAACAUCCAAUGGAUCAUACGAGUUUUCCGUGAAAGCUGUCCGAGGAAGAAAGGAAAGCAAGUGGUCAGAUCCUGUCAAGAAUACGUUUGAUUCUGAAGUAGCGGUUGGACCUCCAAGAGGAUUGAAAAUUAAAGACAGCACACCAACAUCAAUCAAAAUAAAAUGGAGACGUCCAAAAACGAAACGAAAUUUAAUUUCAGGCUAUCGAGUCACGUGGAAAAUGUUGGGUAAUAAAAUUUCUAAUGUGAAGCAGACGACACUAAGAUCUCUUUUAAUCAGUAAACUGAAACCAUCGUCGACUUAUAUAAUCAAAGUACAAGCUAUGGACAAAUCAGAAGAAUUAUCAGAACCUACGAAGAUUUCUUUUAGGACAAAACGAAAAGUAGUUAUACGUGCACCAACUAAUUUUACAGUUGAAGUUUACGGUUCCACGAAACUUGUUGUGAAAUGGGGCUUACCAAGAGGAGAUGAUUUCAAAAAGAUAACAGGGUACCAGAUCCAGUAUAGACAGAAAGGGGUACAGAAAGGAACACUCUGUACAGUGGUCACUACCAAAAAGAAACAAAAAUAUAUUAUAACAGAUCUGUAUAAAGGUCAACAAUACAAAGUAAGGAUAGCUGCCAAAUCUGGACAUCUGACCGGAAAAUCUACCAACUGGCUAGUAGCCACACUGUCUGGAGGAAACAAGACAAAGAUUCAGAAAGAUGAUAAUGAAGAUUUCAUCCAAUCUACCACAGAAUCAGUACAGGAUCAAUUGCAAGAUAAAGAAGAUACUCUUGACAUAAUCAGUGUGGAAGUGAAUAAAACAGAUAAUACAUACUAUGAUCACAAUGUUACAAUGACUUGUAUAGUCAAAUACCAUGGUAAAGGUGAAAGGUCAAUACUAUGGACAAAAGGUGAUGACCUCAAGGUCGAAAGGAUAGGAGCAUGGUUUAUAGAUAUAUCUGGACGACACUCAUUUGAAGAAUCUGAGAUUGAAGAAGAUGAUAUAACAACAUUGGUAAAAAAACUGCGUCUUUGGAAGUUGAAGACAUCAGAUAGCGGGCUGUAUAAGUGUCAUGUACUGAAUACAGAUUCAUCAGCUUCAUUAAAUUUUACAGUUACAGAUACCUCACUAGGACCACCUGAAAACAUUCAGGCAGAAGUGCUAUCCCAUAAUUCCAUUGGUGUAUACUGGUCCCCUCCAACCAAUAGUGCUAAUCUUCCUAUGACAUAUGAAGUUCACUGCUGGAGAGAAAGGCACAUGUUUGAAUAUGAUUACAAACAUUUUGUGGUUAAAGAUAUUGUGCAACCUGAAUAUGUUAUUGAUUCAUUGAAGUAUAAUACAAAAUAUCACAUUGGAGUUAUAGCUGUAAACCAGUUUGGUAGAUCUAAUUUUACCAAUGUGGAGAAUGUGACAGUCACUACAUUAGAUUUGCCACCACUGAAAAUAAAGAAUAUUCGAAUUAUAAAUCCAGGGGUAACCUUGAAUUCUGAGGACAGAAUUAGUUCAGUCUCACCUUCUCCAGCAGAAGCAAUGUCAACAACCACCUCUGUAACAGAUACUGGAGAGGAACAUUCUGGUACAGCAGUUGAGAUAUCCUGGUCCAAUACUAGUGAAGCUCAGAACUGGCCACUCAAGUGGACACAACAUAUCAUUCAUUAUAAAACAGAUGAUAAUAAUACAAUACAUCAAAAAAGUGUGUGGAAAAACAGCACCAUCAUAUAUAAAUUAGAAAAUGAUAAGAUGUAUUACUUCAGGAUUGAGACCGUGUUUCCAGGAAAAAGUAUCUUUUCAGCAUGGGAAAAGUUUUCAACAUAUCUUACAGAGAAAACUUCACCUCCACCUCCUAAAGACAUGUAUCUAACAGUACUGGCUAACAAUUCAAUGGUCAUAAAGUGGUUACCCCCUCCUCAGGAGUACCGUGUAAGAGUCAGACAAUACCAGAUUGUAGUAGCAGAGGAAGAUGGAAGAAAACAGUUCUUUAGGGUGGAUGAACAGAUCAGAAAGUUUCUUGUUCAUAAUUUAGAUAGAAGCAAAGAUUACACGGUAGAAAUAGCUGCAAUUAACAACAUAGGUGAAAGUGACAAGAUUGUCAGAUUCUUGGAAGCAUUCAGAAAUAUUUCUAACGGCAUCUACAUCUCUGCCAAACCAUUAUCAUCAACAAGUGUGCAGGUGUCCUGGACCACUUCAUAUAAUUCAGACUUGACGAGAUAUCUGCUACGAUACAAUACUAUUAAAUCUGCAGCCAGUCAGCCAGUAGAUUCCUUCGUCAAACCAUCAGUAAUGAGCCAUGUGAUGAACAAUUUGCAACAACAUACGGAAUAUAUUAUAUCGUUGAUACCAUAUUUUAAUGACAUGCCAGGAAACUUAACUAUGACAACCGUAUGGACAUAUUCAGAUGUCCCAUCGGCACCGCCAAAAGAUGUAACUGUGCUAAGUGUUAAUAAUUCUCAGAACUUUAUGGUCUCUUGGAAUCCACCACCAGAACAUACAAGGAAUGGUGACUUGGUUUAUUACCGUUUAGAAUAUAGAACUAAGUAUGACGAGACAAGUAAAACUAUGCUGGUUCCUGCUGAUAAAAAUGAAAUGUUGCUAUCAGGUUUAGAAGAAGGUAUAGUUUAUGAGAUGAGAGUGGCAGCAGUCACUGUCAAUGGGACUGGACCGUAUUCAUCAUGGGUUCAAAUGGUUGUUACAAAGAGUGGCACAGUGAUUGAGCAACCACCAGAACCUCCAUCUAAUCUGACAGCAGAUCCUGUACCACUUGGUAUAACUUUAAUGUGGGCGUCGCCUCUAAACACCAGUAUACCGGUCAAAGGUUAUAUAGUAGGUCAUGGCAGAUUUAUCCCUGAGGUUUACAGAAAGAUACUUGGACCAUCUGUUUUUGAGUAUACCAUUACAGGGUUGAGACCAAACGCACAGUAUAUUCUGACUGUCCGAUCAUUUAACAGUUUUGGAGAAAGUAAGCCAGCUUUUUUGAAAGCUAAAUCAGGAAAAAGACAACAGAACAAUUAUGAAAUAACUACAAUAGUUGCAACUACCCCAGAAACAACUCCAGUUCCAGGAGCACCAUAUGACGUCAGGAUUAAGGAAAGAGGAGAAGAGGUUCCAACAGUACUGGUUACAUGGAAAAGACCAAACAUCAAAGAGCAUAUAAAAGGAUACAUUUUACUGUACACAAACGACAGCUCUCUCCCUAUUCACCAGUGGACUGGAGUAUAUGAGAGAUCAUUACAAUACAUUAUAAAGAACUUAGCUUUCAAUACAACAUACUUCAUACGGAUACAGUGCCAGCUUGAUGAUAGAUCUGGCAUUAUGUCAAAAAUUAUAUUCUUCACUACAAGAUCAGUUGACAAAUCCAAAGAUACAUUACCUAACCCUAAAAUUAUGAGUGCAUUUUCUGGGUCCGAUUACAUACAGAUAACAUGGCAGCCACCAGACUAUGCUUACAUCAUACGUGGUUAUAUUCUGGGGUAUGGUAUACAGCAGCCAGGAGAAUAUCAGGAAAUGUUACCGUUCAGUGAAACUACAUUUAAGAUUAAAAAACUUGCUCCGGAAACAGUGUAUCAUAUAUCAUUAAGAAGUUUUGGUGAAUUCGGUGAGAGUGAGAGAGCUGUUCUCUCUGUUACUACAACAGCGUGAUCAUUUAUGAUGUGUUUAAUUUGUAAAAAAGGAAUGAUGCAAACCUCCCAGCAAUCAGACAGAUGGAGGAAAUCAUAAUAAGGAUACAGACAUUAAUUGACUUGUUUGUUCAUUUUUUCGGCCAGAGGAAUGAUUUGAGACAAUAGCCAUGUAUAGAAUACAAUGACAAAAAUAAAUGUUACUUUUUGA